UUUAAGAAUAUCCGGGUUCUUUUGAGCCCGGGCGAGGAGUGUUUGAUGGCGUCGCCUAGCAACAGCCACCUCUCCUCCUCCUUCCUCUUCUUUGUCAACGGAAGCCAGGGGAUAGGGGAGUGAGCGGGAGGGGCGGGAGACGCUCGUGGAGCGUAAACACGGUCUUUAAAGGUGUCGGUUUUCCAGCGGCGAGGCCUUGUGGGCGCGGAAGGAAGGCUGAGGGAGAAGGCCCUGCCGCCCUUCAACCACUUUCUGUGGACGCAACCCACUGACAGUUUCUGAGAGCCAUUUUCUAAAGAAAAAAUAUUGGGCCCUGCGCAUUCUAACAAUCGAGAGAUAAAUGAACUCUCAAGAUGGCACCUAUUUUAGAAUGGAAAAAGCUUAUGAGAGUAGAUCCUGAUGCUUUGCCUCGUCAAGAGGAACUUGCAGAUACUUUGCUGGAGGCAGUGGCCAAGGUUGAUGGAAAUGACCUGAAGGAUGAGAAACCUGAACGUUUAAUUCAGCUUUUUAAAAUUUCUCAAUCACUAAUGAAGAUGAAAAAUCAGGAAGUCGAGCUGGCAUUGGAAGAAGUUGAGAAAGCUGGGGAGGAGCAAGCCAAAUUUGAAAAUAAGUUAAAAACUAGGGUGAUGAAACUGGAAAAAGAGUUAGAGGCAGCACAGCGAUCUACCAGUGGCCGGGAUACUCGCUUUCUGCGUGAUGAGAUCCAGCAGUUGGAAAGACAGCUGGAACAAAAAGACAGAGAAUUGAUAGAUAUGGAAAAGGAAUUAGAGAAAGAGAAAAAGGUCAAUGAACAGCUUGCUCUUCGAAAUGAGGAUGCAGAAAAUGAGAACAGCAAAUUGAGAAGAGAGAAUGAACAAAUACGGCAGGAUGUAAUUGACUAUCAGAGACAAAUAGAUAACCAAAAAGAAACACUUCUUUCACGAAGAGGAGAAGAAUCAGAUUAUAGGUCGCAGUUAUCAAAAAAGAACUCUGAACUUGUCCAGUAUCUAGAUGAAAUUCAGGGUUUAACUGAAGCUAAUGAAAAAUUAGAUAUACAGAACCAGGAAAUGAGGAAGAACUUAGAAGAAUCUGUGCAAGAGAUGGAAAAAAUGACAGAUGAAUACAAUAAAAUGAAACUUAUUGUGCAGCAAUCUGAUAUUGUUAUGGACCAACUCAGAAAGGAAAAGGAGCAAUAUAGGUUACAGGUCCAUGAAUUAACAGAGCAACUUACAGCAAAAAAUGAAGAGGAUGAUCCCGUCAUGGUAGCUGUAAAUGAAAAAGUGGAAGAAUGGAAGGAAAUUUUGGCUUCCAAAGAUGAAGAAAUUGUUGAAUAUCAGCAGAUGUUGUUAAACUUGAGAGAGAAAUUGAAAAUGGCUCAGCUUGAUGCUGACAAGAGCAGUGUUAUGGCACUCCAGCAGGGUGUACAAGAGAGAGACAGUCAGAUCAAACUUCUUACCGAACAGGUUGAACAGUAUACAAAAGAGAUGGAAAAGAAUGCAUUGCUUAUUGAGGACCUCAAACGAGAACUCCAGAAAGAAAAAGGUGUGCCAUCUUUUACACAACAGAGUUGUGUUGAAGAAAUAAAAGUCAAGUUGGAUCUGCUGGAACAUAAAACAAAAGAAGCUGAAAAGAUGGCAGAAGUUGCAGAAGCUGAUGCAAGGGAAAAGGACAAAGAACUUAUUGAUACUUUGAAGCGAAUGAAAAAUUAUGAAGCAGGAAUAUAUGGUCUGGAAGAUGCCGUUGUGGAAAUAAACGAUUUAAAGAACCAACUUAAAAUAAGGGACCAUGAGAUUGAAUCACUAAUUAAAGAAGUGAACAAACUUGAACUUAAAAUCAAUGAUUUCCUCGAUGAAAAUGAAGAUCUUCGGGAACGACUAGGCCUUGAUCCAAAGACGAUGAUUGAUUUAACAGAAUUUAAAAACAGCAAAGCAUUAAAACAGCAGCAGUACAAGGCUGAAAACCAGAUCCUACUGAAAGAGAUUGAAAGACUGGAAGAAGAAAGAGUUUCUCUGAAGCAGCACAUUCGCAAACUGGCACAGGAGAAGGGAAGAAGGGCUGCAACUCUAGGACUGGAUACAGAUGACCUACAUCUGAUUGAUACUUUUACUGAAGAUCUGAAAAUGAGACGGGUGAAGUCUGAAUUCAUGAGUAUUGAGAACAUUGAAGAGAUUAAAGCCAAGCAGUGUUGUCAGUUUGUUUCACAGGAUAAUAGUGAUGGCUCCAAGCCUUUAACAAUAGAUGAGCUUUACAGUUCCCUAGGGCAAGAAUCAACCGAAAUGCUAGGGACCGCUUUAUGUCCAGUCUACGAUAAGGAAUUGAGCAAACUGAGACUAGACUUUCCUGUUUCCAGUUCUGUGCAAAGAAAACAAAGAGCUAGUGCAGAAAAAAGGCAGGAAAAGCAGACGAAGAGAGCCGAAACACAUUCUCAAAUUCAUGUCUCAGGAUACCCAGCAAGGACAUUUUCUUUGGAUUUUCAAGAGGGAUUGCCCCUUACUCUGCUUGGAAAGCCAGUAUCAUCCUAUGUAGUUCAGGAGGUUCUGUUAAAAGAUGAGGAGGACAAUUCUGAGAUAAAACUGUUGGAUUUGAGAACUGAUUUGCAAAGUACAGGUAAAGAUCGAAUGUAUUUUCCAGAAUCAUGGCCUGUAGAACACUUAGAAGGAGAAAAUGAUUGCGCUCAGCCAGUGAAAUCAUAUCAGAUAGAUCGAGUUGAGAGUCUCAUAAGACAGCUGAAGAGUGAAUUAUUUUUCUUUAGAUCAGAGAAUGAACAGAUAUUGAGAGACUUAUUCGCCAAGAAUACACUGAAUAUAUUGAAUAAAAAUGCAGAAGUAGAGCCUGACAAAUUCAGAAGCCAGAAAUUGGAGAAUGACUAUCUUACCAAAGAAUUAAAUGAACGAGAGAGAGACAUGGAACAAAACAGGAGUGUGAUAACAAAAUUUCAAUCCAAAUUAAAGGAAUUAGUACAAGAAAAUAAGCACCUUGAGCAAGGCAUGAAAGAAAUUCUUCAAGCUAUCAAAGAUAUGCAGAAAGAGCCAGGUACAAAGGGAGGAGAAAUGGCCCUAAUGAUUCCCAGUCUGGAACGAUUGGUAAAUGCGAUUGAAUUGAAGAAUGCAGAAGGAACUUUUGAUACUAGUUUUCAUUUGAAGACUCAAGUUGAUCAACUUACUGGACGAAAUGAAGAAUUAAGGAAAGAACUACGAGAAGCUCGGAAAGAAACUGUGGAUUUUUCUAAUCAGUUGGCCAAAGCAAAUACAAAGAUUGCCAAUCAAGAAAAAGAGAUUGAGUUGCUGCAACAAUCAGAUGGUGUCAAUCUAUCAUUCAAAGCAGUAAAUCUUCCUGAGGGAAUGGCUCCUUCUAGUAUGAACAUAAUUAAUUCACAGAAUGAAUAUUUAAUACACCUUUUGCAGGAUCUGGAAAAUAAAGAACAGCUACUCAAAAAAUUAGAAGAAGCAGUUGAAGAAUACAAAAGAAAGUUUGCAGUUAUCCGCCAUCAACAAGGUUUGCUGUAUAAAGAAUAUCAAAGUGAAAGAGAACAUUGGCAAACUGUUGGUGAAAAAAUACAAGAAGAAAAGAGAAAGUUGGUAUAUCAAAAAGAGCAAGAUGAUCUAAAACUAAAGGAAUAUUAUAAUUUGCUAGAUGUGCUGGAAAAGGAUAGUGAUGACUCAAAACGACACUUUGCGGACUGCAGUAGAAAAAUGACUGUUCUACGAGUAAAUGAACGAUCAUUGACAAGGCAGUACACAACCUUGCUUGAAAUGGAAAGGCACCUUCGGAAAGAGAAUGAGAAGAUGAGGUCUGAGUUAACAUCUAUGGAAGCAGCAGUUCAAGAAAAGAUUGGGUGUUUACAAAGAUUCAAGGAAAUGGCAACUUUCAAAAUAGCAGCAUUACAAAAAGCAUUGGAUGACAGUGUACCUUUGAAUGACCUAGAAGUGGCAAAUAAACAAUAUAAUGAACUAACUGCUAAAUACAGAGAUAUGCUACAAAAGGAUAACUUGCUUGUUCAAAGAACAACUAAUCUGGAAUGCUUGGAGCAUGAGAAUAUGUCCAUGAAAGAACAAAUGGAAUCUUUAAAUAAGCAACUGGAAAUUACAAAAGAGAAACUUCAUACAAUUGAACAGGCUUGGGAACAAACAAUGAAACUGGGAGGAGACAGUGCUACAGACAAGGCCACAAAAGCCAUAACCAACACUGAGAUUGUUUCUAUUUCUAAAAAAAUUACCAUGCUGGAAAUGAAAGAGCUAAAUGAAAGGCAAAGGGCAGAGCACUCACAGCGAAUGUAUGAACAAGUACGGAAUACACUGAAGCAAGUAGAAGAACGUAAUUUCGAACUGGAAACCAAAUUUGCUGAGCUUACAAAAAUCAACCUUGAGGCACAGAAAGUGGAACAGUCCUUGCGAGAUGAACUGUCAAGCAGUGUGAGUAAAGCAGUCAGUGAAGCAGAUAGACGCCGUAUAAUGGACUUGGAGAAAAAUGAAACAGAACUCAAGAUUGAAGUCUCAAAGUUAAGGGAGCUUUCUGAUAUUGCCAAGAUGCAAGUUGCUGCUUUGGAGAAUCGCCAACAAUCCAGAGAGAAAGAAGUAGAAUCACUUAGAAUGCAGGUUUUGGAUUAUCAGGCACAAUCAGAUGAAAAAGCUCUUAUUGCAAAAUUGCAUCAGCAUGUUGUUGCCCUCCAGAUUAGUGAGGCUGCUGCAGUUUCCAAGUUAGAGGCUGUCAUAUCCAAACUUCAGAAGAUGGAGAUUGCCAAUAUGCGUCUGGAACAGAAAUUGGAUGACAAGGAGCAAGCCUUAUAUUAUGCACGGCUUGAAGGUAGAAACAGAGCCAAGCACCUUCGCCAGACUGUGCAGUCUCUGCGGAGACAAUUUAGUGGUGCUUUGCCCCUGGCCCAGCAGGAGAAGUUCUCCAAGACUAUGAUUCAGCUUCAGAAUGACAAAUUGAAAAUGUUGGAUGAUAUCCAGCAUGCUCAGCAAGAACGUCGAAAUGCGGAGAAUAGAACACUGGAGCUGGAACGGAAAUUAAAAGGAUUAGAAGAGCUAAUAGCCACGUUAAGAGAUACAAGAGGAGCGCAAAAGGUUAUUGAGUGGCAUAUGAAAAUUGAAGAACUUCGUCUUCAAGAACUCAAACAUAACCGGGAACUAGUCACAAAAAAGGAAGAGAUCAAGUAUUUGAACAAUAUCCUUUCUGAAUAUGAGCGCACCAUCAGUAACCUGGAAGAAGAAAUUGUACAGCAGAACAAGUUUCAUGAGGAACGACAGAUGGCUUGGGAUCAAAGAGAAGUAGAAUUAGAACGUCAGCUAGACAUGCAUGACCGUCAGCAAAGAGACUUAUUAAGUACAGCUCACAAGUUGGAUGAAACUACAGGGUCAGUUCCAGAUCCUAGUUUGUCACUUCCACAUCAGCUUCAGCAAGCUGUCAGAAAAAAUAGAGAACAUGUCCGAACAAUCGUAGAAAUGCAGGCCACCUGCAAAUCCUUAGAAGAGAAAUUGAAAGAAAAAGAAGCUGCUGCGUGGAAAGCAGAACAAAAUAUCUUGUCAAGAGACAAGGUAAUAAAUGAGCUAAGACUUCGAUUACCAGCAUCAUUGGAGAGAGAGAAGAUAAUAGCAGAGCUUGACCAAAAAGCUGAUGAGUCUGCUGCCCAUCCUCAUGGUCUGAAAAUUGCACAUCAGACUAUUGCAAAUAUGCAAGCAAGAUUAAAUCAAAAAGAAGAAGUGCUGAAAAAAUACCAACACCUUUUAGCCAAAGCAAGAGAGGAACAAGAGGAAAUUGCAAAAAAACAUGAAGAAGACCUCAGAAUACUACAUCAAAAGUUAGAUUUACAUAGUGAUAAUUCUUUUCAUAAAUUUAAGCAAACCGCAUUGGAAUUGAUGAAAAAACCCUCUUUAGCUGUCCCAGCAAAUAAACACUUAAUUCGUCUGGCAGAAAUGGAACAAACAGUAGCAGAACAAGACAGUUCCCUUGCUUCCCUUUUGAACAAAUUAAAGAAAACAUCAUAUGAGUUACAGAAGCAAAAGCAAAUGACAGUGGCAAAAAUCAAGGAUUUUGAUAACAUCAGGGCUCAACUUGAGCAGAAGCAUGCAGCUGAAGAGAAAGAAUUGAAAGAUGAAGUGGAUGAAUUAAGGAGUGUGUUGUCACAGAUGGAGAAAGAAUUAAUGAAUGUAAAAACAGAACUGGAGGCACAAAGAGAAGCAAAUAAUAGAGCUCCAACGACUACAAUGAAAAAUCUAGUGGAACGAUUGAAGAAUCAGCUAGCCUUAAAAGAGAAACAACAGAAAGCAUUGAGUAAAGCACUUUUGGAGCUGAGAGCAGAAAUGACAGCUGCUGCUGAACAACAGAUUAUUUCUAUAGCAUCACAAAAGGAGGCACAAAUGAAUGUUCAGCAGAUUGUUGACAAGCACACAAAGGAACUGAAGAUGCAGAUGGAAGAUUUAAAUGAACAGCUUUCCAAACUUAAAGAUGCUCUAAAGUCAAGCAAAAAUAAAGAGAAUUCAUUAUUAGAUGAUUUGGACGAUUUAAAUCAGGAACUUCAGAAAAAAAUCAAAGCUCACACAAAGGUUCUAAUGGAAAAAGAUGACAUAGAAAAAGAAAACGAAGAACUGAAAAAGAGAAUUAAGAGACUAACUACUUCAAUUCAGGGCAAAGCUGAAGACCAAACUAUUACAGAUGAGCUUCAAAGAAAAAUAAAGAAGAUGGAAAUUGAGCUAGGAAAGAAGAAUGAUGAAUUAGAAAAGAAAACUCCAAGAGAAGAGAAGAGCCAAAAGGAAGAAUUAAUUAGAUGGGAAGAAAGUAAAAAAUGGCAGAGUAAAACAGAAGGGAUGAGGAACAAACUGAAAGAAAAGGAAAAGGAGGUGGAAUCCUUAACUAAACAAUUAACCACAGUAAAGGAACUUUUUUCCAAGGCAGAUAAAGAAAAACUUGCUUUGCAAAAGAAGCUGAAGAGUUGUGGUGUUACUGUUGAUCAGGUGGUAGGAGUACGAGUCUCUGAGUCAGAGCGAGAACUUGAAGAGCUUCGAAAACGGAACAUGGAUUUGGAGAAUGAGAUGGUUCACUUGAAGACACAGUAUGCUGUUCCUCGAGAUUCUGUUGUGGAAGACUUGCACUUAAAAAACAGAUACUUGCAAGAAAGACUUGUUGUACUAGAGAAGCAGCUUUCUAAAGAUACUUUUUCAAGACCUUCGAAUGUCCCAUGUGAAGCAACUGCAUUGGAUAAUACACAUGUUACCAUUAACUCCCUCUCUAAGCACAAUCGUUUGAAAUAUUCAUCUAAGAAAAUUCUCUUGGAUAAAACCAAGUUGAGGCUUGAAGGUGUUCUUAAUAUGACUAAUGUAAAUGUCAAUGAAGUAAAUCAUGAAACACACAGCAUAGAAAAAUCCCAUCCGGCUGCUGAAAAUGUUGCUCUCAAUGAUAUUGUUGAAGACCAAUUUGAAAACAGCAAGGAUUUAAAGGCAAGUUCAGAAGCUGAAAAGUGCAGCUCUGAGGACCACAUGAAACAAGAAAACAUUUCUCCUGAAGAUAACAUUGAGCAACAAUGUGAAAUGCCUAACAAAGAAACAGAAGAUAUCUGUAAGCAUUCUAGUAAUGGUGAUGGGAAAGAAAAGGAAAGCAAACAUGACUCCAAUCCUGACAAGAACUCCAUUCAAUCUGAUGCAGAGGAAGUUACUGAUCAGCUCAAAAAUUUUGAGACAAAAGUGGGAAAUAAUGAGGUGCUAGGAGAAGAUACAAGUGAGAGCCAUCAAACUGGACAAGAGAGGAGUGAAUUUUGUGAAGUUCCUCAGACAUCAGGAUUAGGAUCAGAUGAUCAGUAUCAAAAAGAACAAGAGCUUCAAAAGGAGAACCUAAUAUUGUCAUCUGAAAAUAUGGAAUUGCGAUUUCAGCUAGAACAGGCCAAUAAAGACCUACCAAGAUUAAAGAAUCAAGUAGUCGAUUUAAAAGAAAUGUGUGAACUUCUGAAGCGAGAAAAGACAGAAGCUGAGCGGAAGUUGGGCAAUGUCAGAGGGUCUGGAAGAAGUGGUAAGACUAUUCCAGAAUUAGAAAAAACAAUUGGUUUAAUGAAAAAGGUUGUUGAAAGAGUUCAAAGAGAAAACGAAGAGCUUAAGAAAGCACCUGGAAUAGUUUCCAGUGAAAAAAUGACCAGCCUCAAAGAAGAAAAUGAAUGCUUAAAGUCUGAACUGGAAAAACUGAAGCUUCAUCUUGGAGGUGAACUGAGUACACGGUAUGAACUAAAAACUAAAGGUACUGAAAAAAUAAUGGCUGAAAAUGAGAGAAUACGAAAGGAGCUGAAAAAGGAAACAGAGAAUGCUGAAAAGCUACGAAUAGCAAAGAAUAAUCUUGAGAUAAUAAAUAAAAAAUUGACUGUGGAACUGGAAGAAAUAAUAAAAAAAUUAAAUGUGGCAGAAAGCAGAAUCCCACAACUUGAAGGCGCUGACAGCAAGCAUUGGAAAUCUCUGGUCAUAACAAGAAUGUAUCAAAAUAAAAUGAAAGAAAUGGAGGCUGAUAUUGCCAAAAAAACCCAGAAUAUCGAUGAUCUUAAACAACAAUUGGCAAAUGCUACAGAGAAUGAAGAAAAACAUGCCAAAUACUUAAAAGAGCAAAUUGAGCUUCUCCAACACAACCCCAAGGGUGCCCAAACAGAGCAAGACCGUCUCAGAGAACUUCAGCUUCUCAGGUUAACCAAUGCUCGUUUGGAAAAUGAAAAGGCAGAAUUAAUUAAUCAGUUAGAGGCAUCUCGAAAUCUAUGUGAAGUAACAAAAGGACACAGCUUUGCAUCUGAGAAGUCUGGAAGCUAUAAGGUACUAGCAGAAGACUUGAAGAAAAAGUUGAAAACCUCAGACUUGGAACAGCAGCGACUUCAGGAAGAAGUCAGAAAGCUAAAAAAUGAACUGGAUAAUUUUGAUCCAUCCUUUUUUGAAGAAAUUGAAGAUCUGAAGUACAACUACAACGAAGAAGUUAAAAAAAAUAUUAUCUUAGAAGAGAGGCUGAAAACACUUUCUGAACAAUUUGGUGUUAAAGUAGACAUUCCAGCCCGAGUUUCUAUUGAUUAAAUGGAAAGGUAUGCAACUUUUCAAAGAGAUGAAUCAUAUAGCCUGGAAAUGAAACAUUUGUAUAUUAGGAGUCAAGCAAACUACUUCCCACUCUGCCAAAAAAUUAUUGGUGUGCAAUUGCACUGCACAGCUUUUGUUGACUCUCCUAAAGGAAAGAUCUCCCUUAUUCAUUUGAGUCAUUGCUUCUUUCCAUUUCUGCAAGCAUGGAGCCAAUAGUUUGAAAUAAAAGCAUUACAGAACUGUGAAUUGGGGAUUUGUAUAUAUAUGUAUUUUGUUACGUUAAUUUAUUAAGUUUUUAGAGUAUGCUAUUUUGUAGCUUUUCCAUCAGUUUCUUUAUUUUUCUACAUUUGAGUAAUAUAAAUGAUGAAGAACAGCAGUUUAACAUUUGUUUACCCUGUUUUAAACGUUUUAAACUUAAAGAUGUACACAUACUUGGUCUUUUUAUAAUAAAGAAAAUAUACAAUCCCCUCA